AUGCCUUCAUCAUCGAAUUCUCCCCAUUCUCCAUCACCCAUCCCAUCUUGUUCAAACAACAAACAGCGUCCAUUAUCGAUGUUUUCCGGAUUUCGCAGGGCUCGUCGGGAUAAUGUUUUUGUGCUUCCAACUCAAUACAGUCAUGUUGUAGCCGGUUCUGGAAUGGACUACGUGCGAUCUGUAUCAAAUUCAGCAUUCUACGACUCGAGUUUCCCAACACUUCCCCCAAGGACCGAAAGGAAGACGAGUGAACCGGCUGAGAUGACACACUCUGGAACCAGCUUGUUGAUGAGUGGCCCAUCAUCAUCUAGUCAAUAUCAACAACAGCUAAAUAUUGACACGUUUGGGGGUGAAACGGCUGGAUCAGGUCUCGAAUAUAUCACGACAAUGCUUGCCGAUGAGGAUGAGACUUGUAAUCGAUCAAUUAGAUUAGCUCAACAAUUGGCGCUCUCGGAAAUGCGGCAAGAUUUGGAGAGACAACGCAAAGAGAUUUCACAAAUGGAAGCGGAUCAGGUGAUGCUUGAAGUGAUGCUACGAGAUGAUUUAGCUGAUUUGGGACAAGUUGAUGAGACGAAGCUCGAUCAAGAGAUUGCGAAGCUCGAGGAGGAAAUCGAUGAGAUUCGUCGAACACAUCCACAUUGUGUACCACCACCAGUACCCCUUCGACCUCGACGUUCAACACCCGAUGAUGAGGCGUGGAGAUGUAUGAAUGCAACUUGUGGAGCCGCGAAUCACGUCGAGUUGUACAAAUGCAUAAAAUGCGGUCUUCCCCGAUUGAUUAUCAGUGAUGAGGAACGAAAGAGAUGUUCAUGUCAGCGAUGUCGAUUGGGACUUGAUCGUUUAUCGAUGACCCCGGCGGUGGAGGAUAAUGAUUGGAUGCUCGUGAAUUCUCCC